UCACGCAUUCAGUGAAACUUGGUUAAAUAAAUCACCUUUAAAUCAACCUUUGCCCAAUCAAAGUCCAGUCCUACUUAUACGUACAGCCACAGGAGGAGCAGCAAAAGAGAGCUCCAGUGAAGGCUGCUCUACAUAGACAUAAAGAGAUGACUUCUGCUCUGCAGCCCCGAGAGUGCACAGUGAGCAAGAAGCCCCAAAAGAAGUACGGCUUCUUCCUGCGGAUCGAGCAGGACACUGCAGGGCACAUCAUCCGGAACGUGGAGCGCGACAGCCCGGCCGCCAGGGCUGGCCUGCAGGAUGGAGACAGAGUGCUCAGGGUUAAUGGCGUCUUCGUGGACAAGGAGGAACAUGCACAGGUGGUGGAGAUGGUCAGAAACAGCGGGAAUUCCGUUGUGCUCCUCGUUCUGGAUGACGCAUCCUAUGAAAAGGCACAAAAGGAGGGAGUGAACUUGGAAGGGUUGGGUCAAAAGGCAUCCACAGGACAACAGCAGGAGCAGCAAUGCCCACCAUCCACAGCCACUGCAGUUCCACAGCCCCGGCUCUGCUACCUGGUGAGGGAGGAGACAGGCUACGGCUUCUCCCUGAAAAGCACAGAAGGACAGAAGGGGUUGUUCAUAGUAGAGCUUUCAUCACAAGGAGCAGCUGCAAAGGCUGGUGUCCAAAAUAACGAUCGCCUGAUUGAAAUCAAUGGAAAAAAUGUGGAAAAUGACACCCACGAGGAAGUGGUGGAAAAGGUAAAGAAGUCUGAAAAUCAUGUUAUGUUUCUACUUUCAAAUGAAGAAACAGACCGCUAUUUCACAAGCCAGAGGAUGGCACUGAGCAAAGAGAGCGCCAGCCUAAGGUUGCUUCCCCUCAAACCUCGACUUAUUGAGAUCCAGAAAGGAAAAAGCGGUUAUGGAUUUUAUCUACGGAUGGAACAGAAUACUGGUGACCACGUAAUCAAAGAUGUUAAUUCUGGAAGCCCAGCAGCCAUGGCAGGUCUAAAGGACAAUGACAUCUUAGUGGCUGUCAACGGCGAGCGAGUGGAUGGGCUGGAUCACGAAAGCGUAGUGGGAAAAAUUAAGCAGUCUGAGGAAAGAACCUCCUUGUUGGUGGUGGAUAAGGAAACUGACAGCAUGUACAAACUGGCUCAAAUUUCCCCUUUCUCAUACUACUACAAAGCACAGGAUUCAACCCCAGCUAAAAUGGAGGAAAGAGUGGAGUUGCACACUGAGCAGAAAGUGAACCACAAGCCAAGGAUCUGCAAGAUGGUGAAAGGACCUAAUGGAUUUGGCUUCAGUUUAAACAUGAUCAAAAACAAACCUGGAUUGUUCAUCACUGAGGUACAAAGCCAGGGACCAGCUGGCACAGCAGGUGUGGAAAACAACGACUUCUUGGUGGAAGUGAACGGAGUGAAUGUGACCAACGAAUCCUAUGACAAAGUGGUGGCAAGGAUCCAAAGCGCUGGGGACAGACUGACACUGCUGGUGUGCAGCAAAGAUGCUUACAGGUACUUCCAAGGCCAAAACAUUACCAUCACAGCCUCCAUGGCAGAGUCAGACACCCCUGAGCCUCCUGCUCACACAGAAAACCAUCCACCAGAGCCAGAGAGGAACUCACCUGAGCCAAGGGAAAGGGCAGACUCAUCCUCCUCCUCCCAAUCAGCUGCCUCCACAAGAGCAGACAGUGACAACAGUGAUGACACAAAGUUGUGAAGAGACAAAACUAUGCCAAGAACAACAAAAAAGAAACCUGCCAAAUCUUUUCUUCAGUUCUUCUUUGCUAUUCCACCUCUCAGAACUUGGCUGUUCCAAGGAGUACCAGAACCAUAAAGGACUGCAAACUCUUGCUGCAAUAAACACAUCGGUGUAACUUGCAUCCAUUUAACACCCUGCAGUUGUGCUCCACUGGCACAAUUUCUGCCUUGUGAAAUGGGCACUCAGUCAGUCACUUCUGAAAAGGCUUGAAAAACUGCAACUUUAAGAGUCCUGCAGCAGAAGCUGGAAAUGUUUUAUAGAUUUGUAAGCAUCUUAGGCUGUUAUGGAUAAGCUCUUAAUAAAGAGCAAUUGAUUUCUGCCCAUCUCCCAGGAAAGGCAGCUCUCCCCCUAAUCCAAGUCCAUCACCUCAAUCUCUGUGGCAUCUUUGCUUACAGCAGUACAGCUGCUCUGAAAUGGCAUAAGCUCAGGUACUCUGUGCAUUAUGAUCCUUUUACCUGCUAACAUUGCAGAAACCUCCUUCAAACAUUAAGCUAACUUUUUAAUUCACAUCUCAAGAUCUUUAAUCACUAUUUCGUCUCCUCUGCAUACAGCUGUGGAUUAGAAUUGUGUAUGUAAUUCAGUCUAAUCCCAAGUCAGCACCACGGUGUCCUGAAUGUGACAUAAAAGUUUUUGUAAUAUUGCUGCUGUGCACUUUGCUUCCUUGCUGUACACCGAAGACAAUACAGAAAUAAAUUGUUUAGAGUGGUCAUUUUCUCCCCUCCAAAUCUUACUCUUACCACCUACAAUUUAUGUUCCAGAACAAUUAUAAAACAAAGCCUCAGAAAGUGGCCAUGAGAACCUAAAAGUUUAAGUCACAAUAAUAAAUUCCAAAUAUACAAUUUAAACAAGG